CGAGAGAGGUUGCGCGCGUCGUGUUGCUUCUCCGUUCGUUCGAAAUCACGACGCAAGAAGCCAACAGUCGACCAGCAACAUGGAGGCACGCAUGGUCGACUCGCGUUCGCAGUCGCCCAUGGCGUACGCUUCUUCGCGUGCUGCAAGCCCUUACCCUCCUCCCGUCUCGCCCUCGGAGCACGGCCUGAGUGGGGCGGAAGAGCAUGGGGAGCAGGAAGGGGAUUAUUCACACAAGCACCAGCCUCCUUACGCGACCUUUAGCCGGACCGUCGGCGAGAGCGGCCUGCUCAUCGACAUGGAUGAAGAAGAGGACGAAGACGCCGAAGAGGAAGAUGUGGAGGACGAAGGCCCUCCUUCGAGCGAGGAGCUGAGCAGCGAGCCUCCCCCGCAGCGAAGCGAGGGUGAGUGGGAACGUAUCGAUGAGGAGAUCAGAGAGAUGGAAGCAAGCGUCGAGGGAAUCUCCAAUUACGAGGUCAUAGACAAGCUUGGCGAAGGGACCUUCUCCUCUGUAUACAAGGCUGUGGACAGAGACCACUACCUGUUCGACAAUUACAUCUGGACUGGCAAAGUCCCCUCAGUAAAUAGGAGGCGACAAAAGAGCGUCUAUGUAGCCCUCAAGAGGAUCUAUGUGACGAGCUCACCGUCGAGAAUCCUCAACGAGCUCGAGCUGAUGGAAGACCUCCGCCACUGCCAACACAUUGCCUAUCUCAUCACGGCCUUUCGGACUCAUGACCAGAUCAUUGCUGUGAUGCCAUACAGCCGUCACAGUGACUUCAGGGAGUACUACCGCAUCAUGCCACUGUCAGAUCUCAAGUGCUAUUUCCGUUGUCUCUUCGGAGCACUAGAGGGCGCCCACGCGCUCAAUAUCAUACACCGAGACGUCAAACCGGCCAACUUCCUCUACGAUCCUCGCAGUGGAGAGGGCACCCUCUGCGACUUUGGUCUAGCCGAGCGUUUCGAGCCGCAAGAGUGGCGCGGCAAGUGCCAUCACACGUGCCCCACGAAGGAGUUGCCCCAUGGAAAAGUUGUCGCCAACCAGCACGUCUACAGCAGUCACAUGGAGCCUGGUGGAGCGCUGUAUGAAAACCGAGGCAAGUCUUCAACCGCAUCCGGGGCGGCCAAUCUCAAGAGGAGAGCCAUGGCUCCUCCCGAAAGGAUCGGGUACAACAAAGAAGACGCUCGCCCGGGAGUGAGGGCCAACCGAGCAGGCACGCGAGGCUUUCGUGCGCCUGAAGUGCUGCUCAAGUGCCAGGACCAGACGCCGGCGCUCGAUAUUUGGUCGGCUGGCAUCAUUCUCUUGGCUUUUCUGACCAAGCGCUUUCCUCUCUUCAACUCCAACGACGACAUCGAGGCACUGUUGGAGCUCAUGGUCGUGUUUGGGAAGAAGCGCAUCAAUCAGGCCGCCAUUCUACACAACCGAGUCAUGCACUCGACGGUGCCCCUUGCCAAUGCAGAUGGCUACCGCAUCCCUGACUUUGUUCUCAAAAUGAAUCCCGCCAUCCUUGACACCCCCGCUGGUCACCCCGACCCGGAGCUCUACACCCAAGAGGUCCACCAGGCCAUGGACCUCGCUCGUGCCUGCCUGCAGACCGACCUAACGCGUCGUUACAACGCCCGCGAAGCCCUCAGCCAUCCUUUCCUCCAGCUCGACGACGAUGAAGAGGUGAUGCGCAACGCGAGGGAGUUUUGAUCUUUCACAAUCCCCACUUUGGCUCUUCCAGCAAGGGAGGAGCAAAUCGACAUUGAGACAUCUGUACCAUUAUUAUCAUCCUCAUCAUUAUCGAUCUGACCAACCAUUCCGUACACAAGAGAAAUACUCAUCUUCACAUAGGCUACAAGCAUCACUCGUCUCUCCGAAAGUAAAGUCAUCAAUGUGGGUUCCAUUCUCAUGACAUCUACCCGUUACAUUCUAUAAGUA